GGGCGGCUGCGGGAGGAGGAAGCAGCCGCCGCCGCGGCAGGACAGAAGGGACGAGCCCAGGGGCCGGAGCAGCCCCGGCGGCCGGUGCGGGCGCCAUGGAGGACGGAGUCUAUGUGCCCCCGGACCUGACCCCCGAGGAGCGGCUGGAGCUGGAGAACAUCCGGCGGCGGAAACAAGAGCUGCUGGUGGAAAUCCAGCGGCUGCGGGAUGAGCUGAGCGAGGCCAUGAACGAGGUGGAGGGUCUGGAGGCAAAUGAGGGCAGCAAAACCCUUCAGAGGAACCGGAAGAUAGGGAUGGGCCGCAAGAAAUUCAACAUGGAUCCUAAAAAGGGCAUCCAGUUCCUGGUGGAGAACGAGCUGCUACACAACACGCCCGAGGAGAUCGCCCGGUUCCUCUACAAGGGGGAGGGGCUCAACAAGACGGCCAUCGGGGACUACCUGGGGGAGAGGGAGGACUUCAACAUCGCCGUGCUGCAUGCCUUCGUCGACCUGCACGAGUUCACUGACCUCAACCUGGUGCAGGCACUGCGGCAGUUCCUAUGGAGCUUCCGCCUGCCCGGGGAGGCCCAGAAGAUCGACCGCAUGAUGGAGGCCUUUGCCCAGCGUUACUGUCUCUGCAACCCCGGCGUCUUCCAGUCCACAGACACCUGCUACGUGCUCUCCUUCGCUGUCAUCAUGCUGAACACCAGUCUCCACAACCCCAACGUGCGGGACAAACCCACUGUGGAGAGAUUCAUCACCAUGAACCGGGGCAUCAACGACGGAGGCGACCUGCCCGAGGAGCUGCUGCGGAACCUGUACGACAGCAUCCGGAACGAGCCGUUCAAGAUCCCGGAGGAUGACGGGAAUGACCUGACCCACACGUUCUUCAACCCGGACCGGGAGGGCUGGCUGCUCAAGCUAGGCGGGCGCGUGAAAACGUGGAAAAGACGCUGGUUCAUUCUGACUGACAACUGCCUGUACUACUUCGAGUACACCACGGACAAGGAGCCGCGGGGAAUCAUCCCACUGGAGAACCUAAGCAUCCGGGAGGUGGAGGACCCCCGCAAGCCGAACUGCUUUGAGCUCUACAUUCCCAACAACAAGGGCCAGCUGAUCAAGGCCUGCAAGACGGAGGCCGACGGGCGAGUGGUGGAAGGGAACCACAUGGUCUAUCGCAUCUCGGCCCCCACGCAGGAGGAGAAGGACGAGUGGAUCAAAUCCAUCAAGGCUGCUGUCAGCGUGGACCCCUUCUACGAGAUGCUGGCCGCUCGCAAGAAGCGCAUCUCGGUCAAGAAGAAACAGGAGCAGGCGUGAGCCAGGCCAGCCACCAGGCUGCCUUUCUGUGCCCCCCCCAACCCACCUCCCUCAGCGUCGCUGAAACUGACACCCCCCUGGGCCAGGGGACCUAGCCACAGACAGACAGAUGGACAGAGCAUCAUUGACUUCCCCUCCCCCAGCAUCUGUGUGCACCCUGAUCUGUCUUCCGACAUCCUCCCAGUCACACUACUUGGGAUACAGUCCCUCUCCAGGAGCCACUGGGUACCGUGGGCCAGCAAGCCCCUCCCCGCCUGUGGGGGCUGCGGCCUGGGGCCUCUGCCAUGCCAUCGGCUCAGGACCUUGCACCAGAUUCUGAUCAGGAGUGACUCCAGAUUGACUCUGGGGGAGCAGAGAUCAGAAUCCAAACCUGCCUCCAUUGCAAACAGGAGUGACUCUGGAUCGACCUUUGGGGAACUGAGAUUAGAAUCCGGCCCUGCCCACAUUGCAAACAGGAGUGACUCUGGAUCGACCCAGGCCCUGACUCCAUAUCCUCAGCACUUUCCUUCACGGGUCUCUGGAUUUUCACUGGCUGACACCAGGCUCCCGUCUACACUAAUCAGCCCCAAGGUGCAAUAAGCUCUUACCUGGCAACCCCUGAGACAAGGGCCCCUCCCCUCCCCUUCCAGCUGGCUGGGAAUUUACCCACAAUGCUGUGCUCCCACCAUGGCGCUGGGCACCAGGAGCUAGCAGCGUCCCAGGGUGCACUGGGGCAGCUGCGCUGCUGCCUUUGGGGUCUCCCUCCCCCCCACAAUUCCAGCAGCACCAGGCAUGGGGGGGGGGGAGGGCAUUCCCAGGUGGCAUUGCCCCGCCCCCCCGGCAAUGCCAGCUGGCCCUCUGCAGUGCCCCCUGGCAGCCAGCAGGGAGAACGGGAGUUCUUCCCUCCUCGGGGCAGCCAGGGAGGGGGGAUUUUAGCCAGCCCCCUGGCCUGCCCCUCACCAGCUAAUUUUUAAAUCUUCCCACAGGGGGUAGACCCCCCCCCCCCUCCAAGUACACGCUAUUGGUCCUAGAGCUUGGGAUCCAUCCGGAGCCCCCCCCCCAUUUUCAUGCACCCCUCCUGGGCUCUAGGAACGUACACUACAGCCGGGGGGCGUAUGGGGAGCACCCCCUCCAAAGUCGAAAGCCAUUUGCUUUCACCUGCUGUGGAAUCUCGUCCUUCUGAUUACUCUUCUGCCGUCGCCACCGGGAGCAGAUGUGGGGCUGCCCCACCGGGACCAAUCUCUGUGGCCCCUCCCCACCACCACCUUUCCGGCUCAGCUAUCGCGGGGUGGCCUGGGAGAGCCCCCCGGCUCAUCAGCAACCGCGUGGCAACAGGACCAAGCCAGCGGGACCCAUCUCCUCCCAUGCCUGGGACCCCUGAACUUGCUGCCUCCUCCCGGCGCAGGGGGAUUUCACCCCACCCCGGGCGCUGGUGUGGACAGAGGGGAACCGGCGCCAGCCCCGUGCCCGCCCCAGGACUCCAGGGCGGGUUCAGGUUUUUGUAAUUAUUAUUUAAGGAUUUAAUGGAUGCAACUUUCAAUGGAAUUAAAACACUACAGUCUUGAGUACAACCA